AUCAUAAGGCCUUCUCUGCAUUAAUAAAAAAAGUCAUGGGACUUCUGUUGGCCUUUUAACUCUCUUAUAAUUAGGUAAAUAUACUCACAAAUUCAAGUCUUCGUCAACAACCAACCUAAAUCCUCCCUUUUUCUUUAUUAGGACAGAGAACAUAUGCCUUUUUUCGUCUUUUGCUUGCCUUUGAGUUUGAGCCACCCAGAUGACAGUCUUUUUGUCCUUUGAGAGUACCCAAGUUGCCCAAGUAUCCAAGGCUGCACUCACAGUUGUGUCUACAAACUAAAUCAAACAGAUGCAGUUGCUGAUGAAGAUCUCCUCUCCAGAUUCAGCUUAGAAUUUCUGUGAAUUUCAAAUUCCCUGCUCAUUCUCUCCAUCUUCCUCUGCUCUUUGAAGAAGCUCCAAUGAUCACAUUCAAAAGUGGUGGGGAUGCCAAGUCACUAAUGGAAAGAGUAAGCAAAGUAGACAGCGGCCAAGCCAAGGGAAAGGUAGGACUUCUUGCAGCUUGUAGCACCCACGAUGACAACAAGCUUGUAUCUUUUAUUUUCUGGUAGUGGGCGACGGUGAUGAGGGUAGCACAGUUCAUAUUAAGCCGUCGUGAGCAGUGGUAAAAAUGCCUAUUAAUAUUGUCUAUCAAGUGUUUGUAAAAAUGCCUCAAUGAGAGGGAUUAACAUCAAAUCAAUUUCAAUUUCAUGG